GUUGAAGCCGUGAAGAGAGUACUAGAAAGUCUCAACCUCAAUAUAGUAGAGAUGAUAGAUGAAAACGCAACCUUAGAUGGUGGAGACGUCUUAUUUACAGGCAGAGAAUUUUUUGUGGGUCUUUCCAGGCGGACAAAUCAACGUGGUGCAGAAAUUCUGGCUGACACAUUUAAGGAUUAUGCUGUCUCCACAGUCCCUGUUCAUGAUGCUUUGCAUCUGAAGAGCUUUUGCAGCAUGGCUGGACCAAACUUGAUUGCUAUUGGAUCAAGUGAAGCUGCACAGAAAGCCCUCAAGACCAUGCAACAGAUGAGCGACCACCGCUAUGACAAGCUGACGGUACCCGACGAUGCCGCAGCAAACUGCAUUUACUUAAACAUUCCCAGCAAAGGCCAUGUCCUGCUGCACCGAGCCCCCGAGGAGUACCCAGAGAGUGCAAAGGUAUUUGAAAAACUGAAGGACCACAUGCUGAUCCCAAUAGCCAACACAGAACUGGAUAAAGUAGAUGGGUCACUCACCUGUUGCUCUGUGCUUAUUAACAAAACUUCAGAAUUAUGAGUUUACAGAGUCCCUCCCUUGUAACUGGCAAUAAUGUUACACACAAGGUAGACGAAUCUGUAUCCACACUUUUAUUGUUUUUAUUGACAAUCUACUGUACCACUGUGCUACUAACCCUUGUUUACAAAUUUUUUGCUUUGUGUAUUUUUAUGUCCUUGCAGAUAGUAUUUAAGGUGGAUAUACGGUUCGCUGGGGGGCACAUAACUUGAAGUAUGCUAGUCCCGUGGGCUAGCAGAAGACAAUUAUAAUGGCUAACCCCUAGUAUUAGUGGUUUAACAUAUCUAUGUGAAAACUUUGUGAAAACCAACUAAUUCUCAACAUUUCAAGCACCUCUGUUGUCUUGACACUGUUCCCUUCUCCUAUCUUUUUUCUCUUGCUUCCUUGCUCUGCAUCUUUUUUUCCUUCCUCGGUCCUCUUUCAGUGAUGCAAGGUGUCAGGGGGGACUAAAGAAAACUCAGUGGGCUCAUGAACUUGGUAUCUUGUGUGGUAGGGAAGUUUUCCCUUUCCAUACACUAGCUGGAACAGUGGGCAAUGGACUGUGCUCGCUGUCUCUGCCAUAUCACGUUGCUGCUGCUGGGCAGAGUUGUGGCUGGAAUCGAUUUCAGAUGCCAGGUAGCAACUUUGGAAAAAGCUUACUCCGACGGGAGCGUUCAAGGGCAAUGUCUGCCUGGGAAACUUGAAUGACAGAAAAAGAGGGAACAAUGCAGCCACACAAGAUACAUCCUGCAAGUUCAGGUCCCAGUUUGCUGCUAAUGCUUUGACUUUCAAUUUGGUGAGAAUGGAAGAGGAGUUUUUAAAAAGGCCAGAUCCCAGGGAGCACCCGGGCCACAAAAAUGAAAGACUGAGAUGCUUUUGGAAAAGUUAAACCUACGAAUGUAAUCUAAAAUAU